AUGCAAGACGACGAUUUCGAACAGGGACUGGUCUGUCCCAGCUUCAACAGCUACUCCUCCGACAAACUUGCAGACGUCGCAGCCAAAGUCUGCCGAGAGUUCGACAACCUCAAUUUGCUCGAAAAAUCCAAUAACUCCGCUGAACAGAAAGAACACGAUGGUCAUAGAAACGACGACGUCGACGACGACUUCGAGUUCGUCUCGUUUCAAAGUUCCGGAAGCCAGGUAUUCAUUGACCACAACCAGAUCGGUCCCGUUUUCCCCGUAUUCAACCGCGACCUUCUGCUUGACAAAAGUCAACGAGAUCUCGCGGCCGCCCCUAAUAAUAAGGAGGUUGCGGAGGAGGAGGAGGGGGAUGAAGACGAUGCUGCUGCUCUGCCGUCAUCGUCGUCCUCCGACGUGGACGAACUGGACUCGGUCCCACAGGGGACGUACUGCGUUUGGAUGCCCAAAUCAGCGGUGGCACAAGACGCUCGCGGGAAGUGCAAGAUUAAGAGCAAGUCGACCGGAACGUCGUCGUCUAGGCGGUGGAGCAUAAAGGAUUUGCUGCGGCGGAGCAACAGCGAAAGCGGUAGCAAGGACUCGUUUGUGUUCUUGACCCCUUUGUCAUCGAGCUCCAAAAAGACAGCAGAAGAAGAACCCAAGGAAAUUAAGAAGAGCUCCGGGUCCGGGUCCGCCUCAGGGUCAGGGCCUGGAUCGGGAGGCGGGCCGAACAAGCCCAAAGGGUCGAAGGCGGUGUCGAUGGCUCACGAGGCGUUCUACGUGAGGAACAAGACGGUGGCCAAGGACGGGUAUAACAAGAGACGGUCUUAUCUUCCGUACAGGCAAGACCUCGUUGGGUUAUUUGCUAGCGUCAACGCCAUGAGUAGGACCUUCCCUGCUCUCUGA